AAAGAAAAAGAAAGGAAAAAAAAACCGCCGUCAUCAAUCUUUGGGCAAACCCUUUUUUUUCCUUAGCCGAAAACUUGUUGGCUUUGACUCUCAUCACUAACAACUUUUGGGUUGGACCAUGGAAGACUCCGCCGCCGGCGCCUCACUACCUUCGGGACCCGACGGGAAGAAGCGCCGUGUGACAUACUUCUACGAGCCAACGAUUGGCGACUACUAUUACGGCCAGGGUCACCCGAUGAAACCCCACCGGAUCCGUAUGGCCCACAACCUAAUCGUCCAUUAUUCUCUCCACCGUCGGAUGGAGAUUAACCGUCCUUUCCCCGCUGGUCCCGCCGAUAUCCGUCGCUUCCACACCGAGGAGUACGUCGACUUCCUCAACGCCGUCAGCCCCGACUCCAUGUCCGAUCCCACUUACUCUCGCCAUUUGAAGCGUUUUAAUGUUGGAGAGGAUUGCCCCGUGUUCGAUGGGCUUUUUGGUUUCUGCCAGGCCUCCGCCGGUGGCUCCCUUGGUGCUGCUGUUAAGUUGAAUAGAGGGGAUGCCGACAUCGCCAUCAAUUGGGCUGGUGGAUUGCAUCAUGCUAAGAAAAGUGAGGCUUCUGGGUUUUGCUACGUUAAUGAUAUCGUUCUUGGGAUUCUUGAGCUCCUCAAGUUUCACAGGCGUGUACUGUAUGUAGAUAUUGAUUUCCAUCAUGGUGAUGGUGUAGAAGAGGCAUUUUACACCACUGACAGAGUUAUGACUGUUUCUUUCCAUAAAUUUGGGGAUUUCUUCCCAGGGACUGGACACAUAAGAGAUGUCGGGGUGGGUAAUGGAAAACACUAUGCUUUGAAUGUUCCCUUGAAUGAUGGGAUGGAUGAUGAGAGUUUUCGGGGUCUGUUUCGUCCUAUAAUCCAAAAGGUCAUGGAAGUGUAUCAACCAGAUGCAGUUGUUCUCCAAUGUGGAGCAGAUUCAUUGUCCGGUGACAGGUUGGGUUGCUUCAACUUGUCUGUGAAGGGCCAUGCAGAUUGUCUACGCUUUCUUAGAUCUUUCAAUGUUCCUCUAAUGGUCUUGGGUGGGGGAGGGUAUACUAUCCGCAAUGUUGCUCGUUGUUGGUGCUAUGAGACAGCUGUUGCAGUUGGGGUGGAGCCUGAUAAUAAGCUGCCUUAUAAUGAAUAUUACGAGUAUUUUGGUCCAGAUUAUACACUUCAUGUUGAUGUGGGCAACAUGGAGAACCUUAAUGCACCUAGAGAUAUGGAGAAGAUAAGGAACAUGCAUUUAGAGCAGCUUUCUAGACUAUCGCAUGCACCCAGUGUACCUUUUCAAACAACACCUUCCACCGUCCAACCACCUGAGGAGGCGGAGGAGGACAUGGAUGAAAGACCAAAACCUCGGAUAUGGAAUGGUGAUGAUUAUGAGUCAGAGCCUGAAGAUGAUGAGAAACCUCUUCGCAGAUUCUCGAAUUCUGAUGUGAAACAACCUACAACAGAUGCUGAUAUGAGGGAUGUAUCACAAGAUUUGAAAGAAGUAAAAGCAGAAGUGAAAGCAGAACAGUCACAAUCUUGACACUGAAGGAACGCUUUGCUUCCAGGCUUGGAUGUACUUCCCUUAAGUCAGUAUAAUUUGACCUUUUGGCACAUUCCUUCAGUUUGGGCAUUUUUCGACAUCAAUAGCAAGCGUAUUCUUUGAUCCUUCUAUUGAGGCUAGGAAAGCUUGGUUGUUUAGGUCUUUGUUUCAUACUGUGUUAAACAAUACAGUGGCAGUACAGUACUUAUAUACCAAGACUUGAUAUGCUACUAAAUGACUUAAUUCUCCGUUCAUGUUGGUUGUA